UCAAGUCCAAAACAAGAAUCAUGAGCAACAGCACAAUUAGUGAGGCGAAGCUGAAGGAGUAUUACGAGGUUGCUCUGGAUUUGGUGCAGAAAUGUGGUCCUAUGCUGAUGGAGGGUUAUAGGAAGCCCAAAGCGGAUUUUACGGUUAAGGCAGACUUUUAUGACUUGGUCACCGUUUAUGACAAACAGAUCGAGGAUGCCCUCACGGCGGGUCUGCAGGCAGCCUUUCCCGAAUCCCUAAUCAUUGGCGAGGAGGAAUCGGCAGCUUCAGAACGGCAAGCCGUAUUAACAGAUGCGCCCACCUGGAUCAUUGAUCCCAUUGAUGGCACCACAAAUUUUGUACAUCGCAUACCACAUUGUUGCAUUUCGGUCGGUUUGACCAUCAACAAAGAACUGGUCGUCGGCAUUAUAUACAAUCCGCCGGCAAAUGAGCUGUUCUCGGCGUGGAAAGGUCACGGCGCCUACUUGAAUGGACAGCGCAUACACACCUCUAAAGUGACUACGAUCAAGCAAGCUGUGGUUGCCUACGAAAUCUCGCUGAUACAUGCCGCCGCCGUGAGAGACAAGAAUGUAAAACGCCUUUACAAGUUGGGCUCAAAUGCCACCGCUACUCGCAGCUUUGGCAGCGGCGCGCUGGCCUUGUGCUAUGUGGCGACUGGACAGUGCGAUACCUAUCAUGUUGAAGACCUGAAGCCGUGGGAUAUUGCAGCCGGAGCCGUAAUACUAACGGAGGCGGGUGGCACCAUUUAUCAUACCAAAGGCGGUAAAUUUAAUGUCAUGAAACCGGAUCUUGUGUGCGGCAGCACAGAUGAACUGGCCAAGAAUGUGAUGAGUCUCAUUAAAGAAGCCGAUCAAAUUACGGAAUAUACAUUUAAGUAAAUUGUAAAUAUAUAAAAAUUCUAAAAUGCAAUCAAAACUUUAUGCUGCU